UUAGAAAAAGAUCCGCGUCUGGGACUUGAUGAUGGUCCGACGAAUGCACUUAAUUCCUCUCCUCUCGUUUGUAUAGUUCUUAUGUUCUAAUUCUGAAUGGAGUUGGGGAUGUAGAUCGGUUGUGCUUGUGAGCGACGUACUGGAAAUAGGUGUUUUAUUUCAUAUGAUUACAGUAGGUGGCUCUUUUAGGGGGUCAGGUUAGAUCAUCUAGUGCUGUCGAAAGUUACUCCGAUCGGACCAAGUUUAGCGCUACGGAAUAAAAGCCGACCUUAAAGGAAGCAUAUAGGCAACGAAUAAUUACACAAAGGAAAUGGACGCUUCAUUUUGUAUAGUAUUUGCUUUUAUCCUUAAUAUAUUACCAUGCCAUGUACAGCCUGUGCAAAUGUGCAAUGUCAAGAAUGAAAUCGAACUACAAAGAGAGCAGUGUGAGAAGAAUUUAGAAAACGUCACCUCAGGCUGCAAAGGUAUGUGGGAAAUCGUUGCCUGCUGGCCCUCAGCCAGGGUGGGAGAGGUGGUCACCAUUUCCUGUCCCAAAUACUUCAGUUACUUCAGCGACCAUCACAAAGGUAAUCUCUCAAAGGUUUGCACAGCUGAAGGCUGGACAGAAAUGGACCCCAUCACCAUGGUCCGGAACUGUGGUUACAAUAGUAGCAGUGAUGAUGGUACUUUUUUUUGGACAGUGAAGAUUGGAUAUACGAUUGGCCACAGUGUGUCCUUGAUCUCUCUCACUACGGCCAUCAUAAUUCUCUUUCUAUUCAGAAAAUUGUACUGCACCCGGAACUACAUCCACAUGAACCUGUUUGUGUCAUUCAUCCUGAAAGCCAUUGCUGUGUUCAUCAAGGAUGCCAUCCUGUACGAGGUCGGGGAACCUGAGAACUGCCCCUCCAAAAUGGUUAGAUGCAAAGCAGCUAUUGUCUUCUUCCAGUACUGCAUAAUGGCCAGCUUCUUCUGGCUGUUAGUAGAGGGCCUAUACCUCCACGCACUAUUGGCUGUCUCCUUCUUCUCAAAAAGGAAAUAUUUCUGGUGGUACAUUCUGAUUGGCUGGGGAGGACCGACUAUCUUCAUAACUUCGUGGAGUGUGACUAAGGCCUAUUUUAAUGAUGUUGGGUGCUGGGACAUCAUUGAGACGUCGGAUCCGUUUUGGUGGAUCAUCAAAACACCGAUUCUAGCGUCAAUAUUGAUGAACUUCAUGCUAUUUAUUUGCAUUGUCCGAAUUCUUCGACAGAAGAUAAAUUGCCCCGAUAUAGGACGGAAUGAGUCCCAUCAGUAUUCGAGGCUGGCAAAAUCAACUUUGCUCCUGAUUCCACUCUUUGGAAUCAAUUACAUCAUCUUCGCAUUCAUUCCUGACAAUGUGAAGACUGAAUUGCGGCUGGUGUUUGACCUUAUUUUGGGCUCAUUUCAGGGUUUUGUGGUAGCCGUCCUAUAUUGUUUCCUGAAUGGAGAGGUGCAGGCAGAGAUCAGGAGGAAAUGGAGGAGGUGGCGCUUGGAGAGGUUCCUGGGCGCCGAUGUGAAGUAUCAGCACCCCUCCAAUGGCAACAACUUUGCUACGCAGAUCUCUAUGCUCACGCGGUGCAGCCCCAAGACGCCCCGAGCCUCCGCUUGCCAGGACGAAUCGAUCUGACAUGAUGUCCUUCUCUAGCUGGUUUCUGUCUUCAAGGGGAACCAAGUGAAGAGCACAGGGAGAGUGAGGGACCGGAACUGAUCACAAAGAAGACGAUCUGAGAGCAGCGUGCAUCAGGAAAGCCCUCCCUGCUGACUUUGUGCUGCUAGCAGAUACAUUUGAACAUUUAAAUGCAGUACUUUGUCAAUUACACAGAUCACAUUUUAAUGCGUCAAACCCUCAGUAAACUACGGACCACAUUUCACGUGUGUUUCAUUCUAAACAAAGCAAUUCUAGUAUUUUCCUCAUUAUCACCUGACUCAUUAGCAGGGAAGAGGACCAGUAAUCUGUACUCUGUGGGACUGUCGUAGAAGCGUUCAUUCAUUACACUGUGCAUGUACAGGCGCCAGCCACUUUUUGAAAGUUUGCUUUACUCCACUUUUACGAAAGACCUACAUUAGUAUCUAUUUUUGCUAACCAAACGAAAUCCAAAGAGGAUAUUUGUUUUUACGGAAAAAAAAGACAAAAAGGAACAAUAGGACUCAGCAUUUGUUUUGCAGCUAGUGAUUACAGAGGGAACACCCAUCCUGAGCAGUGAAAGUGGCGCCACCAAGCUACUUCCCCAGGAACUACAGUCAGCAUCUCAGCAUCAAGCUGCCAUAGGUUUGGACUGUGUCUGUGAGCAUCUGUGCUUCAUUUCAGUUUAUUUGCUGCAUCUGUUAGCAAGAUGUGUCCUAAGGUACAGAAGUUAUUUAUAUCAUUCCUGCUUUUAAUAUGUGUCAGCGUUUAUUUAGGUUUAUGUUUUAUUCGGUGUGGUUUGGUAGGUUAUCGUUUGGGUCAGGGAACGCUCAAAAUGUUUUCUCAUAUAAAGUAAUGGUAGUUGCAUCUUCAUUUUACGCCAUUUUUGCAUAUGAAAGGUUUCAGAGGAAUGCUCUACUUUUUGAUAGUGGGGGAAACCUGAAUAUUGUACUACAGCUGGAGUUAACAUCAGUCAUGACAAUUUAUAUUACGGUUCCCAGCUGUUAUAUUUGGAAUUGAAUAAUCUGCUGGGAAUAUUACUGGAGAAUUUUAUAUAAUAUAUUUGGAGUAUACAAUGGCGAUUCAAAUAAGAGUGUAGCUAAACAUUGAUUACUAUUUUUAUUGCAUAGUCCCUAAUUAAAUACAUUGACAGUGGUUAUCGAUACAGAACACUCCUAUAUUACUGAACACACAAAACUCUACUUUUUAUAAACUCGGGUCUACCUCAUUGUGGCAUUACAACACAAAAUAAUUGGAAAAUCUAUUAGAGAUUCUGUAGAGUUUAUUGGUCUGCAAGUCUCAGCCAGGGGAAAUUUUUACUAUUCAUCAACUUAAUUUUCAACAGCUUAGGGAAACAAAUUUGUGAUUAUUUUUGCAUCAUUUUAGUUACUGUUUUGUCUGAGAUGUUUCUCCUAAAAUUCAAUAGAAGAAAUAAAGUAGAUAUAGGUGAGCCAGAGGGCAGAGUUAGUAUUUGGGACAAAGAAGAAAUCUUGCCGAACUUGACUCCGUCUCAUUAAUGAGCAGCAGCUCUGGAGCCGGAAGAUCAAAAGACUUGGAGCCAGUGUAGAGACUCAAACUCUGGUCUCUGGAGGUAUGAGGCAACCAUGUUGACCAUGGUACCGGGUGGCCUUGAAUCUGAGGAUAAAGAGAAAAUAGACAAACUAGAAAAGCAUAAACUUUACUACUGAAUUUCGUUGCAGCAGUAUAUACAGAAUUUGAAGCAGUACUUGAAUGAGCUAAAUCAGUAAUUGAAAUAUUUGAAGCAGUAAAGCACAAAUGUUCUUUUUUUGUGGACAAACCAGCACAAACCAAGCACAAAUGAGCAGAAGUGAUUUUAUUAUUUUCUCAUCAUGUGGGUGUGAACUUCAUUUAGGUGUUUGAAUCUGUCUGGAAUGAGAAUGAGUUUGCGUUUAUAAUUUCUCCACCGUAGAUCAAAAUUAGACGCAAAAGUUGAAACUAUCUGAGAACUAUUUUAGAGCUUAAUGAGAUCUUGGUUUCCCAGUGAUCUCAUGGUUGUCUAUGAGAAAUGAAACAGUUUUGAGAUCUCUUUUCUUCUGCUUGUGUAGUAUCCUGGUAUAAUAGCAGAGGUCAUUGCUGUUCUUGGCAGAGUAUUAUCCACAUUUACCAUUUAUUGUAAUUCUCACAAUCAAAAUCCAUUCAUCCAUCUUCCAACCUCUUGUCCUAAACAGAGUGACAGUGGAGCCUGGAGCCUAAUCAGAAAAAUUAUGUGAGUAUUUUUAAAAUAGAUUUUUUUGUCACCCUUGACACUUACCUCUGUACUGCUCUGAUUAGGUUCAGGAAGACAAAAACUCUUUGUAAAAUAACCUGCAUAUCUAUAGGGGACUGCAGACUCGCACAGUAGGCACAAUGGACUCAUAAUGAAUGUGACUUAUCAGUUCUGACCAUUCAUGUACAGACAUUUCUUCGGAGUUAAAACCCCGACUCAAAUGUGCAUUGCUAUUAAAAUGUUUUAAAUGUUAAAUUUGGACAGAGAGACAUGUCCCUAUCAUUCAACAGUGUCUGAGGCUUGCACUUUUGUAAUAAUAUUUCUGGAAUGAAGUUCAGUUGACUGUUGGAGCCUCCUGGAGAAAGAGACAAAUGGAUUUUAUGUAUGUUUUGCUUACAAGUGUUUACAUUGUGCUUUAACAGUGUUUAAGCAUUGCUGGCAGUGUUUAUUUACAGCGUACUGCAGUAUUUAAUAUUUUACAGAACUAGUUCCAUCUGUUACUUCUGUCAAAUUAUGGGUUCCACUCAAUAUUACUGUUGUAUAUAAGGAUGCCAGUGUGUGGUUCCUGAACGCUGUCGUCUCGUAAUUCUGUUUGUUCUGCUGCAAUGUGUAGUGCAAGGCAUGCAUGCUCACACAUAAUAUAUAUUGUAGAUAUAUACUACCCGCAUGUUCCCAUAAUCUGUGGUACUGAAUUACGGCUUCAAUGUACAAUUUGUUACAGUAUGUGAUCUUGUUUUGUGUAAUUAAGUAGAAUUGAUACUGUACUGUAAGAUUUAAUUUGUGGUCAAUAAAGUAAGCAAAUUGAGGUCAGAA